AUGUCCGGGGCGGACCUGCUGUUCAAUCUGCGCAACUUCUUCCACCUCGGCGCCUUCCAGGCCGCGAUCAACGAGGCAUCGGACCUGACGGCGCUGUCCGGCUCGGAGGCGCUGGAGCGUGACUUCCUGGUCUACCGAUCGUACGUGGCGCUGGGUAGCCUGGAGCUGGUGAUCAGCGAGAUCGGCAACGAUGCUCCCAUGGGUCUCCUGGCCGUGCGGCUGCUGGCGCAGUACCUCUCCAGCUCGGUGCCCCAGGACAAAGUGCUGGAGACGUUGUCUGAGUGGAUGGCUGACCCCGUGACCAACUCGAACCCGAUGGUGUGCCUCAUCGCUGGGACCAUACACUGCCAUGAGGAAAACUACGUUGAGGCGCUGAAGAGCUGUCACAGUGGAGCCACCCUUGAAAUGAUGUCUCUGUGCGUUCAAGUUUACCUGUUGAUGAACCGCCCGGAUAAAGCUGAGGAGCAGGUCAAGGCUAUGUCUCAAGUGGAUGAUGAUGCUACGAUCACACAGCUGUCGACUGCAUGGACUGGACUGGCACUGGGAGGAGCAAAAGUGCAGGAUGCAUUUCACAUAUUCCAGGAACUGGGAGACCGACAUCAGUGGACGGGCUUGUUGCAUAAUGGCAGUGGCGUCUGCAACAUGCGAAUGGAUCAGUACGAAGAUGCUGAGCGCGACCUGCUGGAUGCAUUGAACAAGGAUGCGAACAACCCCACAACACUCGCCAACCUCAUCGCGUGCGAGCUGCACUUGGGGAAGCCGGUCUCGCGAUACGUGAGUCAGCUGAAGAUGACCGAUCCUGGCCACAUCAUCGUCAAAGAAGCGGAAGCUGCUGAAGGGGAGUUCGACAAGGCUGCUUCAGCUUUCAGCUGA